AUGGCGUGUCCUUGUCUUGAAGAGCCAGUUGAUGUCGAGGCGCAGAUACUCCGUCGGGAGAGGAUUAUUGGACCCCGAUUGGAAGUUUUAUUAUUCCCUGAUGAGUACCUGUUUGAGCGUUUCCGUUUCUCUGCAUCAUCAAUAAUUUAUCUAAACAACAUUCUCAGCCCUCACAUCGUUCACAUGACACAUCGUGGACACGCUCUCAGUUCCGAGCAAAUUCUUUGUAUUGCGCUUGUUUUUGCCAACGGCAGUUUUUUGUAUAACAUCGGUGAUGCAGAGCUUGUGUCCAAGGCAACUGUCUGUCGGGCUGUCCGAAAUGUGACACUUGCACUGAAACGGCUACUAUACAUGUUUGUAGUGUUCCCAAGUCACAGACUUCUCACAGAAGAGUUCCACAGAAUUGCAGGGUUUCCAGGUGUGAUUGGCUGCAUAGAUGGCACUCACAUUCCUAUCACAGCUCCUUCAAUAAAUGAAGGAGAUUAUGUGAAUAGGAGAUCUGUCCACAGCAUUAAUGUACAGACCAUAUGUGAUGCAGCCCACAUGAUAAACAAUGUGGAAGCGAAGUGGCCUGGGUCUGUGCAUGACUCACAAGUGUUUCGCGAGUCUACACUGAGUGCCAGAUUUGCCCGUGGAGAGUUCGAUGGUUACCUACUCGGAGACAGAGGGUACCCCUGCCAGCGCUAUCUUCUGACUCCUUACCCUGACCCUGAGCCUGGCCCACAGCAACACUACAACUUGGCUCACUGCAGGACACAAGCCAGAGUGGAGUUGACCAUCGGGAUACUCAAGGCCCGGUUCCAGUGCCUUCGUAGGCUCAGGGUCACUCCAGAAAGGGCUUGUGACAUGCGUGGUUCUCCACAACAUUGCCACUAUUAG